GUGACAACAAUGGUGCUGAAUGUGGUGGACCUACAAUGCUCAAAAUGCUACAAAAAGAUCAAAAAACUUCUCUGCAAAUUUCCUGACGAUAUACGUAUAUCAAUUUAUGAAUUGAUUAGCCAGAUGGACUGAGUCGUUGUGUUGCGAACAAAUUAAUUAAAGAAAUACGAGAUCAGAAGUAUGAUGAGAAGGCAAACAAGGUGACAAUUAAGGUGGUGUGCUGCUCACCGGAGAAGAUGAGGGACAAGUUAUGCUGCAAGGGUGGUGGAUGCAUCAAGAGCAUUGAGAUCAUAGAGCCGCCUCCGCCUCCGCCUCCUCCUCCGCCUCCGCCUCCGCCUCCGCCUUCGCCUAAGGAAAAGCAUGUGAGAGUAUCUGUAGAUCUGAAAGCCCAGGUGUCUUGUUAUUGUAAAUGCUGUAGCGGAAGGCCUUGGGGCCCAUGUUACUGUGGCGGGCAAGUCCAAUGCGUUCCGGGUCAUGGGAAACCCGUUUGCGACAGCUGGUGCGGGUAUGGAAGCGGUUGUGGAGAAACUCAACGAGACUGCCCAAUCAUGUAAGUAUUAAUAACAAGAAUCUGUUUGGAAUCCAGCCAAGUUAAAUUCAAUAAUAAGUAACUGUUAUUUUAUAAAUUAUAUUUAUAAUU